AUGCGGAAGCUCAGACUGAGCGCGCCCCGCGGCGGCGGCGAGAGGGCGGUGGGCGCGCUGGCGUUCGAGGUGGCGGCGCUCAUGUCGCGGGCGGCCGGGCUGUGGCGCGCGCUCGGGGACGCCCCGGUGGCGCGGCUCCGGGCGGAGGGCAUCCGCCUCGAGGGCGUGCGCCUCCUCGUGGCCGACCGCGACGCCGACCUGCUCGACCUCGCGCUCGCCGAGAUGGCCGCCGCCUGCGGGGACCUCUCGCGCUCCGUCGCCAGGCUCUCCGGCCGGUGCGCUGACCCGCUGCUCCGGCGGUUCGAGGCGCUGUUUGCUGGCCUCGUCGCCCGCGGCGCCGACCCGUGCGGGCUGCGGUACGCCGCCGCGAGGAAGAUGGACCGCAAGGCGCGCAAGAUGCAACGGCUCGUCGCGUCCACGGCGCUCCUGUCGCAGGAGCUCGACGUGCUCGCCGAGCUCGAGCAGGCGGGCCGCCUGCGCCGAUCGGGCACCGGCCGGAAGGGCGCGGCCGGCGGCAGCGGCGGAGAAGAGGGCGCCCGCCGCGUGGCGCAGCAGAGGCAGGAGGUCGACCGCCUCCGCGCGGCCUCGCUGUGGAACCGGACCUUCGACUACGCCGUGCGCCUGCUCGCCAGGUCGCUCUUCACCAUCGUCGCCAGGAUCACCCAAGUGUUCGGCUUGGAGCCCAACAACGUCGCCAUGGACGACUCCGCCAUGAUCUCGCUCGCCAGCACCCGUCUCUCAUGGAGCAAUUCCUUCGUCGGAAGCGUGCACUCCUUGGUCUACCCUUCAGACUUCGCCCCAGACACUCCCCGGAGCUUCCUCCCUGCAAAGUCCGGCAAGGUUUCCAACGGUGGCGAACAUGUUCGUCGGUUCCUACUCUCCAGGAGCCACAGCUUGAGGCAGCUCAAAUGGCCAAUGGCCGGGAAACACCUCAUCGGCUGCAUGGUCAGUGGGAGCAGGUCUCCGGACAGGGAGAGGUGGCUCCACGGCGGUGAUGGCGAUCUUCCACUGAGCUUCAGCUACAUGUCAGCCAGCAACGGCGAUUAUUCCAGCAUCAAUUCCCAAUCCCACGACGACCACCACCACCACACCAACGCGAAUCUCUCCAUGUCCGCGUUCGAGUCGUCAUCGCACAGCUGGGUGAUGAGCGCGCCCGCCACGACGCUCGGCGCCGCGGCGCUGGCCCUGCACUACGCGAAUCUCAUCGUCUUCAUCGAGAAGCUCACGGUGGCGCCGCACCAUAUCUGCCAGGACGAGAGAGAUGCGCUCUACAACAUGCUGACCGGCAGGAUACGAGCAUCUCUCCGAGCUCGGCUCAAGCCCGUGGCCAAGAACAACAUGGCAGCUGCUGCUGCUGCUCGUGAUCCGAUCAUGGCCGCCGAGUGGUCCGACACGGUGCAACGCGUCCUGGGGUGGCUGGCUCCACUGGCUCACAACAUGCUGCGGUGGCAGUCGGAGAGGAACUUCGAGCAGAGAAACGUCGCCUCCAGCAGCACGAGCGUGCUGCUUCUGCAGACGCUGCAUUUCGCGGACCGGAAGAAGAGCGAGGCCGCCAUAGUUGAGCUGCUCGUUGGUCUGGACUACCUGUGGAGAGCUGGAAGAAGAGAGCUUGAUGCAAGAGCUAAGAGGUUGGUGCCAGCAGGUGGCGAAAACUACCAUGAUUUCGCAGAUUACAAUUUACAGUAGGAUGGAAUGCGGAUAGUAAAUAUGCAAUUGCAGGUGUAAGAACAUCCCUAACAGCUCAUCCAUCCCAUCCUCCAUCUUAGAAAUAGAGGGUGAAGAGUAAAAGUUGAGCUCCAGCAGAACAUCUAUCUCAUCAUCAUCUAUUUUUAGAUGUCAUCCAUAUUAGGAG